AUGAAGAGUUGGAACAACAUAGAAGAUGCUUACCUUCUUCAGGGAGCAAUAGUGGGUUACACUCCUAGAGGAAUGGAACUUGCUCAAGAAGCAUUGGUAUUCAUGUUAAAUCCUAUGGUUUUCUUUGGUUCGAAUGUGCAGGUCAAUAUGACUAAAAGAAACUUUCUCUUGAACGCUAAAUUCGGAAGUGAUCUCUUCCUUGCAGCCGCGGGUGAGAAGACGGGUGGAUACACAAACGCAAACUAUAUAUGGGACCUAAUGCAGGCUCGUAAUGUAGUUCCCUCUCUUGCUGCAGUGGAAGCUUAUUACAAUAGCCUAAAAGAACGAGAGACACCCGAAGAUGAUCCGAGAUUGCAAAUCAUUACUCGAACAUUAAACAACUUGCGAUCUAGAUUUGCUAUCGGACUUGGGGGACGGUAA